AUGGAACAUCCAGCAUUUACAUUGGGUCUUUUAACCGCUACCGGUGGUCUCAUGGGUUACUACCGUAAGGGCUCCAUCCCAUCCUUAGUAUCCGGGUUGGUAUUCGGUAGUGUGUACGGUGUUGCCGGGUACUUGCUGCACUUUAACAGAGACGGUGGGCUGGAAAUGGCCCUGGGUGCAUCGACCUUGUUGCUCGGUGCAGGGAUCAUUAGAGGUAUGCCUUCCAGGUUCACCAAGCCUGUCCCCGUUGUUCUAACCGCUUUAGGUGGGGUUGGUAGUUACUACUACUAUAAUAAAUACAAGGAAUUUUACCCUUGA